GCAAAACCCCCCGUCCCUUCAGGAAAUCUAUCGACUUCCGAGUUCCGUCUCUCUACUUCCCCUCGCGGCGGUCAGAUUCUUCCGAGUUUCCAGGUCUCAGCUUCCAGAUUGCUUCUUCUUCCCCUCUACUCUUCCACUUUGCCCCUCCACUUUCCCCUACGCCGAGAUGAUGCACAUGACCUUCUACUGGGGUAAAAACGUAACUAUACUCUUCGACUCAUGGCGCACCGAGUCGUGGCUAGGUUACGCUCUCAGCCUCCUCGCCCUCUUCCUCGCCGCCGCCUUCUACCAGUACAUGGAGGACCGUCGGAUCCGCCUUAAGAUUUUCGCCCGAUCCAAGCCCUCUUCAUCGCCGCCGUCCAUCGAGACCGCACUCCUCCUCCCCGCGGCCGCCGCCCGGCCGUGGGCUCCGGCGAGGCUCGCCUCCUCCCUCCUCUUCGGGCUCAACUCGGCCAUCGGGUACCUCAUUAUGCUUGCCGUGAUGUCCUUCAACGGCGGCGUCUUCAUCGCCGUCGUCGUUGGGCUUGCCGCCGGGUAUCUGUUGUUUAGGAGCGGAGGGGAGGAGGAACGCUUUGCCUUGGAGAACCGCUGUGCUUCCGCCUGAUCGGAACCCUAAUCGUUUGGUAUUGCCCUCAGCUGUACUUUUUCUUACGGUCCCUUUGGAUUUUAUAAAUAGAAAUCGUGUAUAUUGUUCCCUGAUCAUCGAGCUCAUGCGUGAUGAAAAAAAGAUUAAAUUGUUGUGUGUUUGGUUAUGUAAAUGGUUCUGGUGAUCUGGUUUGGCGAUUGAAGGAUUCGAGUUAGGAAUAUUGGGGGGUUGUUAAUUAUGUUCUUGUUCCUGAGCUCUCGUGUUGAUGUGAAAAAAUAAAAAUCAAAUUUUUA